AUGGCUUUUAAAUUAAAAAAAUUCAAUCUGACACAAGUAGUAUCAGUUCAUUUAGUAUCGGGAAAAAUUGUCUCGGUCAAAUUGAAACUUGAUGAUAGUUUAUCCGAAAUUCGUAAACAACUCGCAAAUAAAAAUGAAAUAAAAAUGGAUGAUGGAGUAUUUUUUGGAAGCAAAGAUGGUCUUAUUUCAUCCGAAGAAGAAUCUACGUUCAAUUUAAGAGAUAUAGUUAUCAAAGAAGGUUCGGAGAAAACUUAUCAUCUAUAUUUGAGAAAUUCGAAUAAAUUACAUCCCAUCAAGAUAUCGGUUAAUUUAAUUUUGGAAAAUAAUGUUUCGAUCAAAGUUGAUAGUUUGUUUGAAAUUCGCAAAGAACUCUUAAAUCAAAAUGAAAUUAAAAUGGAUGAAAAACUAUUCUAUUUAGGUGAAGAUGGUAUUAGAGAUGAAUCCACGUUCAAUAUAAGGGAUAUUACAGGUCCGGAGAAAACUUAUAAUCUAUACAUAUGGAAAUUGAAAUUAGGUUAUGGAUAUAAGGGACGUGAAACAACUUCUUCGAUAGCGAAAAAGAGAGCAUUUACGAUGAAGUUUUAUCCAGAUAACUACAAAGAUGUUAUAUUUUGUACAUUAGUAGAAAAUACCUCAUCAAAUGAUUUCAGUUUAGAAUUUGAAAAAUAUUUAGAACCUACUAAAGAAUUUAUUAACGAAGUGAAGGACGUAGAAAUUUCUAAACAAGUUGGAAAAAUUAUUGAAAAUUUUGGUCUAUUUAUCCCGACAAAGAUUAUUAUAAGUGGAAAGAUUUCAAAAGAAGGUCUAUUAUAUCAAAAUUAUAUUAAUACUUUUGAACUUUUAACCAGUAUCCCAAAAUUUACAAAUUUACGUGAGAAAUUAUUUACUUCUAUUGGGAAAAGAAAAAUUUACUCAGGUAUUGAAACUUGUGAGUUUACAUUAAGUAAAAGUAGAAGUCCACGUAUUAACGAAUUUAAAAAAAUACCAACAAAUAUUUUGAAAUAUAUGGAAAACGAAAAGGCUGACUUUAGUAUUUUUGCAACGAUUCUUGAUGAAAAGAACAGAAAAAACGAUUUCUUUAACUGUCAAAUCGUUUGUACUCAGGGUGGAAUGCCGAAUUAUAUUGUCUAUUGUUAUCGAGUAGAUCUUAAACCAUAUGAAUGCAAAUUAAAAAUUAAAUAUAUGAUUAUUGGAAAUUAUACAGAUUUUAAUUCUAUUAAAUAUGAUGAAUUAAGUUCUGAUAUUCGAUUCGAUGUUAAAAAGAUAGAUUUUAGUACUAAAUUUUGUAAGAAUUCGUUGCAUAUUAAGUCAAAUUCUUCAGAUCACUUUUUUGGAAUUCCUGUUUUAAAAGAUUUAAAACAUUUAAAUCAACAACAUGUAAUUAUUGGGCAUCAUUUUUAUACAGAUCUAGAUAAUAUUGUUGGGGUAUUUAUAUUUCCUUUUAAUUUAGAUAAAAGUGAAAAUUGUUGGGAAGAAGAUCCCGAUCAAAGGCCAUUUGUUGAAAAAGUUUUCAAAACUUUAAAUCAAUUAAAGUUAGAUUUAGAUAAAGAAAAUGAAUUAUCAACUGAUCAAGAAAUAAUUCAAAAAUUGAAGCUAAAUCAUGGAUUAUUCUUGGAUGAUGAUACCAUGAAACCUAGCAAAGAGGCGAUUUAUAACGUUAACGGUGAAUUGGAUAUUAAUGUAUAUGAUGGACAACCUAUAAUAUAUACUAAUAUAAAUGAACCUAAUAAUAAUUUUAAACCUUUGUUUCAACAGUAUGAUACAUGUAUUAAUUUCCCAUUUGCUGAAAUCACUUUUAAAGGAAAUUUAUUAGAAACUUUUUUAAAUUGUAAAAAUGAGGAUGGAAAAUUAAAUGAGAGUUAUGGUCAUUUUUUUUCAGAAAAUGUUUUUGUUGGUGGUCAAUUAUUUAUUAAAAAUUUUAACACGUUAACCCAAACACAAAUUCAUCAUCUAAAAAUGCAUAUAAGCUGGGCAUAUAAUUUAGCUAAAUACGAAGAAAAUCAAUUAUACGAUUUCAUUAACUUGCAACUUGAAUCAAAGAUAGAAACUUCGGAUGGAAAUGAAAUAACAACUACUGAAAAGUUGGUUAAUUGGAUGAAAAAUAUGUACCAAGAAAAUAUGAUCGAUAUAAUUUCUUAUAUUAGUCCUAUUCCUGUUUCAAAAUUACAAUAUAAUGAAGCUUCUACGCAACUGACAAGUGAUUUUAAUGAAAAAGUUAUCAAAGUUUCUAAUUAUAAAGAAAGAUUGAAUUUAGAAGUAUGGAUAAAAGAUUCAAUUUAUGUUAACUUGCCCGGAUGGAUUAAUAAUUUCAAUCUUCUUCAAGGAUUGAGAAUUAAUAAAAAUUAUGAAUUAGAGAUUGCCAAAAAGGUCGCCAUAGAUUUAAUCCAAUAUCCUUGUUUAGAAUUAGAGAAUAGUUUUGAUUUAAAACUUAAGCCGACAAAUCAAUUUGAAAUAUUUUUGUUUUCUAAUAAAAUUUCUUCAAUUAAAAAAGGAAAUUUGCAUAUAUUUAACAACAGCAUAUCUAUGAUGAUUAAUGAUGAAUUGAAAAUUUAUGAAGAUAAUUUAGAUGAUUUUCAUUUUAUUAAUUAUAAGCAAUACGAGAUAAUUUUACAUUGGAACGAUAUUAUACUUUCAGAAGAGUUGAAACAGGAUAUAGAAAAAGGAAUCAAAGAUAUGAAACCAUAUAAAGUUUUACAAGACGUAUUUAAUGAAUAUGGUCAUUUGUUUCCACAAAAAAUUAUUUUAGGAAAAUCUUUUAAAUUUACUUCAACGAAAUUUUCUCCUAAAGAAUUUUCAAAAAUGUCAACAAUUGAUUCAGUCAAAUCGUAUUUAAAGACUUUUGAUCUAUUAACUCAAAAAGGAGAUAAAAUUGAUGAUUUAUCCGACUUCAUUCAAGAUGACAAAGAUUUGGAAAUUAUUGAGUAUGAUGAUGUCAUUACUUUGUACGACAUACUUCAAGUGAAAUUACAAAAACAUAUUAAUGUUAUGUUUGAGGAUGAAUACAAAAUUAUAAUGGUUGGAAUAGAUGAUUUGAAAGAUUUAUCUGAUAACAAUAUUGAACAUUAUAAGCGUAUAAGUCUGAACCCAUCAUUAAAUCAUCAAAACUAUGAAGUUUUCGGUUCGAUAAUAUCAAAUGAACAAACAAUGACAAAAUCAAAAGAAUUUUCUGUAAAAUUUAGAUUAAAGGAUUUUAAAGGAUUUACCGCAAUUAUAAAAAACCUUGAAACUCCGAUUUCUAAAAUUACAAAAAUUACAGAAUUUCAUAUUUUGUGGAUGAUUAUCGGAAAACCCUCAAAAUUACCGGAAUUGUCAGUAUUCAGUCCUAAAAAUCGAGAAUUUCAAAUCAUUUUUAUUGAUGAAUCGAUUUUAUUGCAACCAGAUAAAUUUUAUUAUGAAGUUAAUACUCCUUUUCAAUUAUCUGAAGGAUAUAUGAUUUCAAUUAACGCAUAUCAUCCACCGAUAAACGAUGAACCUGCAAAUAUAGUUGAAUUCAUAAAAUGGUCAUGUAAUUCCAUAAUCUUUCGUUCUGAUUCAAUUUUAAAAGCUUUAAGUAUGAAUGAAAAUGAAGUUGGAAUUGAAUAUGAAGAUAACCUCUUAAUAGAGAAUUUUUCGAUAGAAUUGCAUAUUUGUAUCUUAUUUUCAGAAACUAAAAAAUUGAGGAUCGAUAAUAAAGAAGAUGAAUAUCCUUUCGAUUUAAUUGGAAAUGUUUUUACAAAUGAAAAUUUUAUUGAAUAUUCAUUAAAUACCGAAAUUGGAAUGGUAUCAAUGGAUAUUGUUAAUGAAAAUAAUGAUUUAGACGUUAUUGUUGAAAAGAUAAUUUCUUAUCUUUUAAAUGAAAAGAAUUUUACAUUUGACGAAAACAAAAAAAUUCAAGUAAUACUUGACAAUUAUAUCACCAAUAAUG